UACACAUUAAGUUUAUCGCGUGCCCCUUCAGCUCCGUCUUCUUCUUGCAGGUCGUUCCUUUCCUUCUCGCUCUUCUUCAUGUCCGAAACGUUUGCGGACCUGUUCGCCAGCCGUGUGAAGCGUCAUGGACCUUGAUCCCCACGUCGAGCCGGAACUGGACUCCUUCAGUCUGUUUCUGCCGCUGCCUUACCGCGUGGCUCUCAUAAUUGUGCUGGGCGUGUGGGCGUGGGGCGUCAAUCUGCAUUACCUGGACCUCGUCAAGAUCGAUGUUCCUCAGUUGAUCCGCUAUCCGGGACGAACGUCCUCUUCACACAUACCGCACCACCAGUCCUGCUACCGCCUCGCGACACUUCUGAGCAUACCGUACGUCGCAUCGCUACUCCUCUUCUGGCUCAUCACGCGCGGCAAUGCCGACGCCGUCCUGCGCUGGGAGAUUCUCCCCAAUCUGUACCUCCUCAUUCUCGUCGUCUGCUUCUUCCUCCCGUUUUCAAUGGUCUCGGGAAAUGGACGGCAUCGCUUCCUUCACACGUUGCGACGAAUCAGCAUAGGGGGCAUCGCGGAGGCCCAAGACGGGAAGUUUGGGGACAUUCUCAUGGCCGAUGCGCUGACAAGCUACGCAAAAGUGCUCGGCGAUCUGUUCGUGGCGCUCUGCAUGUUCUUCACGAAGGGGAGGUCGUCGACUGGCAAGCCGGACAGAUCCUGUGGUGGGCUUUUCAUGGUUCCUUUGAUCAUCUCUAUUCCGAGCAUGAUACGGCUCCGGCAGUGUUUGAUUGAGUACAAAAGAGUCCAGAAAUCGAACAGGUCGGGCGCGCUGAGCGGCCAGGGUUGGGGAGGCCAGCAUCUGGCUAACGCGUUGAAAUACUCCACAGCAUUUCCCGUCAUCAUUCUGAGCGCCCUUCAGCGUAAUUACGAAGAUGGAAAGUACGGCAUGAGUGAGGCUGGCUUGUUUAGACUCUGGCUCUUUUUUGUUUUCCUCAACUCUCUCUACUCCUUCUACUGGGAUGUUACCAAGGAUUGGGAUCUCACUCUCUUCUCAGAGGCGCGAAACGACCCCGACCACCCCUGGGGCCUUCGCCGCCAUCGUUUCUUUCACUCGAACAGCAUGUAUUAUUACGUUAUUGUCAUCGAUCUAUUGCUGCGGUGUACCUGGAGUUUCAAAUUGAGUCCUCACUUGGACCAUUUCAACGACCUGGAGGGUGGCAUAUUUCUCAUGGAGAUUCUCGAGGUGUUUAGAAGAUGGAUUUGGAUAUUUUUCAGAGUAGAGACGGAGUGGGUACGAACCAAUCGUGGGCCUGCACCAGACGACGUGCUUCUUGGUGAUUUUUCUAAAGAUCAUGACUCUGACUAAAAGCGAAGCCGCGCACAGAGCUGGGCAAUCACCUCAACGAUCUACAAAACAUAGAACAGUAUGAGCCUGGCCCACUAUCUGCACGGCUAGGUUGUGUCGCAAAGAAGCCUCGUAGAGCAGAUAUCUGCCAAUCGAGUAAGGUGAGAAACAGCUGCUUCACGCCUUCCGCGCAUUACGAAUUCGUUCCGCGGCUAUUCUAGUCCCCUCAACGAUAGCCUUGUGCUCGAUCUCAUGUAUUCGAGCCUCGAGGUCCUCGAUAUUGUCGUCCUCUGGAUGACUAAGCUGUACGGGCUGCUGCAAAAUAGGCUCGCCCAUGUCAACUUCCGAGAUAACCUGCGCGUGUGUUAUCAGAUGCAAUAUCUGACGCUGUAUGAUUUAAACAAUACGUACAUAAUGUAUCAUAACACCAGUCUGCGUAAUUUUGCCUUCCAUAAAGUCUUUGUGUGC